GGUCAGUGUUGCUGCGCGAGCCCGGGAGGCCGGCGGGGCAAUACUGUGUUCACGCCCAGCUUAGUCCUCUUUGUUCUUUCUCAACUCCUGGUCCACGGAGGGGCGCUCGGCGUCCGCGGCCAGGGUUCUGGAGCCGCGUGGAUUUUCGCUCUCCAAGAGAGGCCCGUCCCUGCGGUCUUCAGUUUCGAAUCCCUGGACCCUCUCUGCGGGUGCCUCGCGUAUUUGCAGAGCGCUGUCCAGUUCAGGAGAAGGACUGAAAUUCCCCAGUGCCUUGCAGGGAGGGGAGAGAAGCAAGAGGGACCAACAUACCGAUAGAUUGCCUUGGAUGAUGGUCUGCGUCUGACAGUCCCCUCGGCUCACCUCUGCUCUCCUGAGGUCGCAGUUGUCAGCUCCUCUGGUCCUCAGCACUUGCCUGGAACUGCUGGGUCUGCCACAUCCUGUCCAGCCGAUCCCUAUCCUGUUGUGCUGCCUGGGUCCACACCCUCCUUGUGCCAGCUCUUCCUCCUUUCUCCCCUCUGCUUCCAGCAUGCCUCGGGGUCGUCGCCGUCGGCAGGGCCCUCGCAUUCCCAUCCGGGCAGCUGCCAAUUAUGCCAACGCACACCCUUGGCAGCAGAUGGACCAGGCCUCUCCUGGGGUGGCAUAUACUCCCCUUGUGGAUCCCUGGAUUGAGCGGCCCUGCUGUGGGGACCCCGUGUGUGUACGCACAACCAUGGAGCAGAAGAGCACAACUAGUGAUUCUGUUGGUGGUAAGCCCACAGAAAGGGGCGUCCCGGCUGCACGCAUGCCCGGCCCUUGGCCCCUCAGGAUGGACUUCCACUGGGUGCCCGGCUCGGACCCAGGCACCUUUGACGGCUCUCCAUGGCUGCUGGACCGCUUUUUGGCCCAGCUAGGCGAUUACAUGUCCUUCCGCUUUGAGCAUUACCAAGACAACCUAAGCCGUGUCUGUGAGAUUCUUGGACGCCUGACUGGACGAGCCAGGGCAUGGGCAGCCCCCUACCUUGAUGGGGACCUUCCCUUGCCUGAUGAUUAUGAGCUGUUCUGCCAGGAUCUUGAGGAAGUUAUUCAAGACCCAAACAAUUUUGCUGAGUACCAUGCUGCAGUGCCCUGUCCCUUGCCCCCAGCCUCAAGCCAGCCACCAGUGGCCCCGCAGCUGCCUGUGGUGAGAGAGUAUUUAGCUAGGUUCUCAGAGGCCCUGGCACUCAACAUGGGCACUCCCCCUAGGCCUGUCUCAGCUGCUCUGGCCACCCCUGCUGUGUCUAGGCCCCUUUCUACAUCCAGAAAUGUUCUGGUGAAGGAGAGCACCCUUGGGCCCCAGGAGGUCCCUUCACUGUCCAGUUCUGCUUGUAGCCCUGAUCCUGGUCCUGUUGGGCUAGCUGCCUUCCAGCCAGAGGAGGCAAACCCCACACCUGUCCAUACACUUUCAAAAUCUAAUGCCCCUGCCCAGACAACAGACAUAGCUUACCCAGAGGGUUCAGAAACCCAGAAAAUAGAGGAGGAAGUUUCUGAGACUGAGGAAGUCCAGGAUGUAUCCUUAGAUGCACCACAGGGGGUGGUGGAGACCUCAGAAGAGACACCAUUUUCUCCUGUUUGCCAGCAUGCAUCUAUGGGCUCAGAACAUAGCCCCAGCAGGAGCAAUAGUGCACUUUGUGAUCAAGUGGCUGGUGUUGCUAAGGAGCUCCACAAUCCCCAGUCAGGACAGAGUGGUGUCCCCAGAUGACUCCAGACAACUUCAUAGCAAGGUUAGUAGAUGUACCCAUUUUGGACUUCUCCCUGUUGGAGCACAAGCAGUACCCCCGAUCCCAAGCAGAACAAGGGCCUUUGUCCUGUGUUCUCAUUCUUUGCUCCUGCUGGGUUUCCAGCUGUGUUCUCACCCUUUGUCUGGGAGUACUGUCUUACUGGGCCCAUUCCCACUAGUUGGAUAGUUCUGUAGAUUAGCCCCCUCAGAUAUUUACACCACCCAUGUUACCUGUUAACUCCCACAAAACACCACCCUUGGCAUUUUUCAACAGUAGCUGGGACUGGACUGGGUCUGUCAUGUCUGUCCUAUUUGGACAUGGUCCCUACAUUGUGUCUGUGCUUCUGUCCCCUACCCCCAACAUUCCUGUUCUCUGUGGCAUAUUGAGCUCCCGGUUGGAAUCUAAGAAAGGCUGUGUGGAGGAAAUGGCCACUUUUUAAAAAUACUGUGCAUACUUACAUGGAAUAUAGUGUGAUAAUUUGAUAAACACGUGUACAUGUGUAAUGAUCAGGACAAUUGGCAUUUCCAUCUCCUUAAGUGUUUAUUAUUUCUUUGUGUUGUGAACCUUUGAACUCCUUUUCUAGUUCUUUAUACAAUACAUUAUUAUAAACUAGGCACCCUGCUGUGUCAUAGAAUACUGGAACAACUUCUUACAUAAAUGUAUUUUGGUACUUGUUAUCUAACCUCCAUCCGUCUCUCCUGCCUCCAUCCUUCCCAGCCCCUAGUUCUAUGAAAUCAACUUUUUUAAGCUUCCACAUACAACAACAUAGGGUAUUUGUCUUUAUGUGCCUGGCUUUUUUCACUAAAUGUUUUCUAGUUCUGUGUUGCUUUAUUUUGUUCUUUUUAUGGUUGAAUAAUAUUCCAUUAUGUAAAAAUGCCACAUUUACUUUAUCCAUUCUUCCAUCAGUGGGCACUGUUGAUUUCAUACGUUGGCCUCUGUAUAUAAUGGGGAAGCAGCAAUCAAUGUCCUGAAUCCUGAAUGAGUAAGAUGGCAUCUUGGCUUCCUUGUGGAUUUACCAGCAGCCCAAGCCAGCUGAAAGUGGGAUCCAGGCCCCAUUGCCAGGUUGAACUCUAGGCAUUCUUCCCUCCGUAUACUAAUAUCAUGGCCACACCAGUUUUCUUAAGAAUUUGGCACAGAUCUCAAUGUUUAUGUGCUACUCCUUGCCCCCCACCCCUCUUUUUAAUUUUUUUGAUAUGGUGGAUUGCUGUAUUGCCCAGACUGUCUUCAAACUCCUGAACUUAAGCAGUCUUCUCAGCCCCCCAAGAGGCUACUAUAGGCACAUGCCACUACACCUGGCUGUCUCCCCUUUUUUCUUUUCUUUUUUAAAAUUAACAUAUUAUAAAUAUACAUAAUAGUGGGAUUUAUUGUUAUAUAUUCAUGUAUGCAUACAGUAUAACUAUGAUUUGGUCAGUUUCAUUCCUUAGUACCUGCCCUUCCCUAUCCUUCCCCUGGUCUUUCUCUGCUCUCUUCUGUUUACAUGAGAUUCCCACCUGACCACCACCACCACCUUUGCUUUUUUCUAAUUUGCACAUGAGAGAAAAUACACAACCCUUGACUUUCUGAGUUCGGAAUAUUGCACUUAAUAUUCUCAAGUUCUAUCCAUUUUCCUGUAAAUAACAAUUUCAUUCUUUAUUGCCCCCUCUCCCUUUUCUAAAGCAGUAUAUGCCCUCCCCCAUGUACUCUUGCCUAUUGUUGAUGCAGCGUUUAAAACCCCAUUGAUGUAAAUAACUUGUAUCUCCCAGCAGACUGUGAGCCUCUAGGGCAGGGACCUCAGUCUUAGCUUUGUGUCCCUCAUAUAUAAUUGGUGCUCAUUAAAGAUAUGUUGGAUCCA